GCGGGGGGCACCGCGCGGGUGCAGCCACGAUGGAAGGGGGUGCGUACGGAGCGGGCAAAGCCGGGGGCGCCUUCGACCCCCACACCCUGGUCCGGCAGCCGCACACUAUUCUGCGCGUCGUGUCUUGGGUGUUCUCCAUCGUGGUGUUCGGCUCCAUCGUGAACGAGGGCUACCUCAACAACAACUCGGGGGGCGAGAAGUUCUGCAUCUACAACCGCAACCCCAGCGCCUGCAGCUAUGGCGUGGCUGUGGGCGUGCUCGCCUUCCUCACCUGCCUGCUCUACCUGGCCUUGGACGUGUACUUCCCGCAGAUCAGCAGCGUGAAGGACCGCAAGAAAGCUGUCCUGUCCGACAUCGGGGUUUCAGCCUUCUGGGCCUUCCUCUGGUUUGUGGGCUUCUGCUUCCUGGCCAACCAGUGGCAGGUGUCCAAGCCGAAGGACAACCCAAUGAAUGAAGGGACAGAUGCAGCCCGGGCCGCCAUCACCUUCUCCUUCUUCUCCAUCUUCACGUGGAGCCUGACCGCAGCCCUGGCCGUGCGGAGAUUCAAGGACCUUACCUUCCAGGAGGAAUACAGCACACUGUUUCCCGCCUCAGCCCAGCCAUAGGCCUGCCUGGCUUCCAGAGGCUAAGGGGCGCCCCAGGUCAUGGCCAGUGGCAAGGCCAUGGGGGCGGCCUGCUGCCGGGAGCGGCCAGGAUACCAGGGCCCACAGGGCAGGGGAAUGCUGGCUGGCAAGGCCAGUUCCGACCCUCCACUUAAUCGUUUGUUGCCUCCUUUAUGUUUCAUUUGUCCGUUCAUUCAGUAAACAUUUAUUGAGCUGU